GUAGAGGGUGCUGGCGCUUUCCCGGUUUGAGCACUGGUUCGAUGUCCGGCCUUUUGCUGAUCCUUAGCGAAAGUGCACCACGCUCCGUCUCUGCUUCCUUCCUUCAGCACAUACUCAACUCUUCUACCACGGCGAUCUCGACAGCUCACGCAAGAUGGGGGUAGACUACCACGAGCCGGGUCAACCGCGGUUCCGCGACGUUCAUCCCCCGAUGAAGGCCUCGUUGGCGACCCCAGUCUUCGUCUUUGCUGGCGGAGUAUUUGUGCUCUUCCUUGGCAGCAUGUACACACAAUUACAACAUCGGCGGCGAUUACGUCGGAUUCUGGAGAGCAAAGAUGACGACCAGGACCGGUAUGCGCAGAGCAAUGCACUGUCUGCCACGCUCAACAAACAUGUCUUUUAUGCGCCGCUGCUGUCAACCCGUCAUAGUCGCGAGUUCAGGUUGGGAAGCUGUCACAUGGGGAUUAUCCCGCUGCGGCUGGAGGCGAUUCUCUUGUCAUUGUACAUGGCGUUAAACGUGGGGUUCUUCUUCGCAACGGUGGACUGGUGGGCGGAUUGGGGGGAGGUGAUGUAUCAGCUGCAAUAUACAAGUGGUACCCUCGCGGUCUUGAAUUUGCCCGGGUUGAUCCUCACUGCGGGUCGCAACAAUCCUCUGAUUCCGUUAUUGGGAAUCAAGUUCGAUACUUUCAAUUUGAUUCAUCGUUGGGCCGGGCGACUGGUCGUCGUGGCGUCAACAGUGCAUGUUGUCUUGUCGAUUAUCCCUCGACAGAAGGAGUUGGGAGGUUUAUCUGCAGUGACACAUCUUGUCUGGAACACUCCGUUCUUUGUGUAUGGUAUGACGGCUUUCAUCGCGUUCGCGGCCAUCCUCGUCCAGUCCAUCUCGCCCCUUCGCCAUGCCUUUUACGAGGCGUUUCUGCAUCUACAUAUCCUGUUGGCCAUUGCAUCUAUGGUCGGACUGUGGUACCACUUGCGUGGCAUGUCGCAGCAGACGGCGCUGUUGGUAACGUUGAUUCUAUGGGGAUUCGACCGAGCCGCACGGCUGUUUAUUAUCAUCUGGCGCAACGUCGGGAAACAGCGCACCACCGCCACGGUCGAGCUUCUUCCGGGAGACGUGGCUCGCGUGAGUGUGGCAUUGGCGCGGCCUUGGACCUUCAAAGCCGGCCAGUACAUGUACCUGUACCUGCCCUCGCUGGGUCUGUGGACCUCGCACCCGUUUUCUGUUGCUUGGACGGCCUCGGACCGCAGCGUGAUGACCGAGAAGCGGAGCUCGAACGACUCGAUCAACCGUCUGCUGGGCGGACCCCAGCAGACCACCAUGUCGUUCCUGAUCAAGCGCCGCGACGGGUUUACGGGCAAGCUAUUGUCGAAGGUGCACAAGUCGUGUGAUGGCAGGUUCCAAGCUACUGCGCUCGCCGAGGGACCAUUUGGUGGUCUUCACUCCCUAGCCUCGUACGGUACCGUUCUCCUCAUCGCCGGCGGUAUCGGCAUCACCCACCCGAUGUCGUAUCUCCACGAGUUCGUGAACAACAUCACCUCGCAGACCCAGGCGGUCCGCCGCGUAACCCUGGUCUGGGUAGUACGGAGUCUAGACCAUCUCUCCUGGAUACAACCCUGGAUGACGUCCCUCCUCAACCACCCGGCACUUCAGAUGGCUACCCUCCGCAAGGCCGAAUCCUACUUCCAGUUCCCGGAAUUUUCUUUGAAUGUGCAAAUCUACGUGAGCAGCAGUAGCGCGUGCACUAGCGUGAGCAGUGCGGACAGUUCUAGUGCUGGGAGUGAUGCCUCCCCGACGCGCCCAGAUACCAGCCCUGAAGAGUUCCUGUCUGAUUCUUCCCCCUGGGCGGCCGUCGCGCCGCCCUCAGUCCCCGUGAACGUGCAGACUGGCAAGCCGUGCUUCCGGGACAUCUUAGCAGUCGAGAUGGCACAGCAGGUCGGCGCGAUGGCGGUGAGCAUCUGUGGGCCUGGGGCGAUGGGGGAUGACGUGCGCAGGACGGUGAGGGAGUGUCAGGGACGGGGGCCGUUGAAGGUGGAGUUGUUUGAGGAGAGCUUUUCUUGGUGAUUUUGGGUCUAGAGGGAGAAGCGAGUAUGUUUUUUUGAAACCAUCGGGUCUUGGGUAUGGUAGAGGUGUUUUAUAUGGGCUAGUAAGG